AUAAAUUCAAGUAGAAUUUUUUGUGAUAGCAAAAUCAUUUCGUAAUGGAUAACACCGACGCCAGAACAUGUAUCAAAGUGAUGAUAAUUGUUACUUGCACAUUUUACAUACUUGGUGGGCUUGGUUACCUUGGUUCCGGAGCGGAUAUGGUGACGAAAUCUUCUGACGACGUGGAACCCAAUUCACUGGAAAAAUCCGCCGGUAUCGGAGCCAUAAUAGGUGGAUUUAUAAUGAUUAUAGUUGGUAUUGUGGGAUGUUGCGGUUCUAUAAUGAAUAACAAACCCUUGUUGAUUAUAUUUGCUAGCCUUAUGAUUGUUGAUGCCGUGAUUAUGUUGGGCUUAGGAAUCACCGCUAUAAUCUUCUCGACCAAGACAGAUGAUCAGGAACGUUUCCAAAGUAACAAAAAAUCGACUAAGGAUUCAUCCAUACUAACUAUGGGUAUUAUAUGUCUUCUGCUUGCAAUAUAUAGUAUUUUCCUAGGAAUAAUGGUUAUUUACUUAGCCAAAAUUGUUCGACCAGGAACACAAUACUAUACUUACGCUUACCCAAGACAACCUAUGCCUAUUUAUAAUUGAAUUUGAUG